CUUUAUAUCAGGAGUUCAGGAUUAAGUUCCUAUGGAUUUUUUGGUUUGACUGAUCAAGCAAUUGAAGGCACAUUUACUUGGAUCGACGGAACACCUUUACAGUAUUCUUCAUGGAGGUCAGGUCAACCAAAGUUCAACUGGCGUGAAGAUUGUGCCACUCUACAGCCUUCUGAUUCAAACAUGGGAUGGGAUGUUGAUUCAUGCAAUGAAAAACGACCCUUCAUAUGUGAACGCUAUCAGGAUGUUCCUGAAAAUGAGUGGAGUCGCCUUGAUGGAACCCUGUACUAUAUCUCACAAUCCUCAAUGACGUCAUACUCGUUUGCUAGAAGGUUCUGCCAGGCUCAAGGAGGUGAUCUUGCCCAGCCUAAAACAGAAGAAAUCAAUCUGCAUCUCAUGACGCUGGCUGAAGGUAACUCGUAUUGGUUUGGACUCGAUGAUAUCAAUCAAACGGGCACGUUCCAAUGGAUUGAUGGCACUCCACUCGAUAACAAUGGAUUUCCUGCUUGGUCGAAUGGUGAUGCGUUUCUAUUUGAGAGCGAAAGAUGUGUUCAUCAGAAGGUUAAUAAUGGAUGGAGAAAACUACCAUGUACAUCGUAUCUCAGGUUCGCAUGUGAAAAACCUCCGAGUCCGCGACCUAUUCUUCCGGUACGUCUAGUGGCAGCUACGUCAUCCCCCUUCGGAGGAGAUCUGCCGAAUGCUUCAUUUCUCUGUCUACUCGGAUCAGAGAAUGAAAAGAUUCUCACAUUGUCCACCAGAAGACUCGUCCGUCUGACCGAGAAUAUAACUCCCGAUAGUUACACAGCUCCAGGGAACAGCACUAAUGUAUCAUCUGUAGUGUUAAGGCAGACUCUCCCAACUACUAAGAAUGGCUCGGGAUUUUUCGAAUGUUCAUCGGUGACAGCCAGUAGAAUGACAUCUGUUCCUCUUGGCAUUCUUCUCUCUUCCCGCGAGUUGCAACCGAUUGAUGGUCGGUUUACAAAGACAAUAUAUAUUGGAGAUACUAUCACACUCAGUGUGAUGAGCACGACAGGAAUGGUAGGCGAAGACGGGAUAAGAUGGCGGAAAUUCACUGAUGUAGACUGGGCUAACAUUGGAAUGAGUUCUGGCAGUCUAUCACACACAAUUCAAUCUGUAUCUGUCUCAGACGCCGGUGUGUAUGUGACGUAUAAGCAUGGAACGUUGGAACACCAUCAAUUCAGCCUCAUAAGACUCAUCGUAAAAGAAUGCCCUUAUGGAAGAUGGAAUCCACCAUUAUGCGAUCGUUUGUGCGAUAGUUGUUAUAAUGGAGGUGUAUGCCACGAACUCUCAGGAACAUGCAUUUGUCCUCCUGGCCAUGCUGGAAAGAACUGCCUCCAAGCGUGUGGGAUGCACAGGUUUGGCUGGGACUGUGAGUUUGAAUGUGGACCCGGUCAGCCUCUGGACAAGUGUGCUGGAAGUCAGAUCUGUCUACCUGAUCCUUAUGGAUGUACCUGUUUAGCUGGAUAUACAGGAAUCUACUGCAAUGAAACAUGUGUAGAUGGUAUGUUUGGAGCUGAUUGUCUUCAAGAAUGUCACUGUACUGAUGGAGUUGAGUGUGAUGACGUCACUGGAGGAUGUUCUGGAGAUUGCUCGCAAGAAUGGUCUGGACCAGCAUGUCAAGUUCCUUCUGUUUGCCCACACGGAUACUUCGGGUCUAACUGUACACAGAAAUGCAAUUGCAUGAAUGGCACAGCAUGCCUUAAAGAUUCUGGAUACUGUGACGAGGUUGAAGGGCGAUGCGACUUGGGAUAUGUUUCUGACUCUGUCGAGUUCCCGGCCAAUUGUAUAACAUGUAAGAAUAUUCGUAGUGAUCUUGUAGCGCAGUAA